AUGACGAAUGGUGGCGCAGCGAUGACAAUACACAUACCAAAUUUACUCAGUUACAUCAGCAGUGGCACGGGCGCAGUGGCACUUCACGUCUUCUGUUUAUUUUUGGCCACGACGUUGCCUCUGGAUGAAAUGGCUCCUUUAUCGGGGUCUGAUGCAGACCACUUGAGGGAUAAAGCGCGGAGAGAUCUCCUGACACUGCUGGAAGGCGCCCGGGGUAAGAAGAACCUCGUCAUAAGCCAGGAACUGGCUGGUCCAGUGGGGCUAUUCGUCAAAUUCUCCGUCCUCCAAGAAUAUGGUGUGGACCGGGUCUUCUUGCUGGAAAAUGCAAACAUCGACUCAUCACAACGCAAUGUUGUAUUCCUCGUUUGUGGCGAGAAGGCUCGCCACGUUCGAAUUGUGGCAGAACAAAUAAAGCGCCUGCAGAAUAAUGGCAAUGUUGAACAUGAGUUCUCUAUUUUCUUCGCUCCAAGGCGGACCCUUGUAAGCAAUGCGGUCUUGGAAGAGGCAGGAAUUAUUGGCGAUGUGAAUAUCGCCGAGUUUCCCCCUCUAUUUUAUGCCUCUGGAGCAAGAUAUCUUCACAAAGACCCUGGGUGUAUCUUCCAUGCCGCUAAGGCGCUGAUGGGCCUUCAACAAAGGCAUGGCUAUUUCCCACGCAUUGUCGGGAAAGGCGACAAUGCUCGGCGCCUAGCAGAUCUUCUCUUGCGUAUGAGAAAAGAGCUCGAUGCAGAAGAGAGCUCCGGCUUGGUUGAUCCCUCUGCACGAGGAUUAUUGCCCAGUGCGAGUGUAGAGAACCUGAUAAUCAUCGACCGUGAUGUGGACUUUGGGACAGCCCUUCUCACACAGCUCACAUAUGAAGGUUUAAUUGAUGAAUACGUCGGCAUCAAGAACAAUCAAGCAGAUGUCGACACGAGCAUAGUGGGCGCUGCCUCCACACCGCAGUCUCAAGAGUCAUCCAAGACACCCCAGCAAGUCAAGCAGGGGUUGAAAAGAAAGAUCCAGCUUGAUUCCUCAGAUCAAUUGUUCAGCCAACUGCGAGAUGCAAACUUUGCAAUCGUGGGUGAUAUCCUGAAUAAAGUGGCACGUCGCUUAGAGAAUGAGUACGAGAGCCGUCACACAGCUAAAACAACAGGCGAGCUUCGGGAGUUCGUCAACCGAUUACCAACCUACCAGCUGGAGCACCAGAGUCUGCGAACUCAUACCAACCUCGCAGAAGAGAUAAUGCGACUCACCCGCUCUGAAACCUUCCGCAAAACUCUAGAAGUCCAACAGAAUAAUGCAGCCGGUGCCGACUCUACAUAUCAGCACGAGACAAUCGAAGAACUCAUAGCCCGAGAUGUCCCACUAAAGACAGUGCUCCGGCUCCUAUGCUUGGAAUCCUGCAUGUCGGGGGGUCUCCGCCCGCGCGAUCUAGAAAGCUUCAAGAGACAGGUCGUCCAAGCGUACGGCCACCAGCACCUUCUCACCUUCUGGGCACUAGAGAAAAUGGAACUCCUUCAACCUCGAUCUUCAGCCACGACCAUGCUCCUCCCUACAUCCGGUGCACAAGCAGGCACAAAGACAAACUACGGGUACCUCCGCAAAAACCUCCGUCUUGUCAUCGAGGAGGUCAGUGAGAAGGAUCCAAACGAUAUUUCCUACGUGUACAGUGGGUUCGCACCCCUCAGCGUGCGCCUGGUCCAAUGCGUUCUGCAAAAGUCCUACAUGGUCUCGCUGAUCAAGGGCGGUACGCCUGCCGCCUCGCUGAACACCGCUAGCACGACAUCGCCGGGUUGGCUUGGCUUCGAGGAUGUUGUAAAGAGUGCCCGCGGUGCCACGUUCAGUCUUGUCCAGAAAGGCGAUGAUAAGGCUGUUCGGGCUCGCCAGACGCUGAGCGGAAACUCCGCUACGAAGACUGUAUAUGUCUUUUUCUUGGGUGGUAUCACAUUUACGGAGAUUGCUGCAUUGCGCUUCAUUGCUGCGCAGGAGGCUCCGCGGAGGAAGAUUAUUAUCUGUACCACUAGUAUCAUUAGUGGUGAUCGGAUGAUGGAGGCGGCUAUCGAGAAGGGUAGCUUUGCCAAAGCGGAGUAA